AUGUUUGCUCCUCAGCAGUAUACCGACAUGAUGGAAGCUGGCCGAAAGAGGCAACGAGACGAGGCUGAAUUGGCCAACGGAACUGCUGGCUUCUCCGAGCACCGUGCUAAACGUCUUCAAUGCCUACCAGUACGCACCUCGCCGAUGUCGACGCAGCACAGCCUGCAACCCCCCACGAUGAUGGCCUCUGGCAUGGAUGGCACGGAAUUCCCUUCAAAUAACAAUUAUUCGACCUGGCAAAAUAAUGCUUCCGACAACCAGCAAACGGCUAUGAUGGAAACCGUUGAAAUGCAGUCUGCGGUACCAAGCCACCUGCAAUCAGACGCUGCGACUAGUCGUAUCCCUACGCCUAUCCAGCCCAGUUUUGCCGACCAGCUUCGAGGCCAGCAGUGGGCCAAUUCUGCCGCUGGUCGCCAUGGCGUCGUUAACAUGGGCCACCACCAGGUUGGGAUUGCUGACCAGCCCUGCGCUCACUGCGACGCACCUCCCGGCCAAGAUUGGCAGAACAAUCGAAGACUGCCUUCUCCAAUCUCGGAAUCAGAUGAUUGUAUGGCGCACUCGCCCGGAAACUCUGCUGCGCUCCUCGCGAUGGAGCAUCCAAAUGCCAUGAUGGAUAUCGAGAUCCAGCGACAGGGCACUUCUGACGACGGAGAAGGCGAACCGGACUCUCCCAACUCUCAUCGAAAAGGUCACACUCGAAGCCGACACACUGUCAAUACCUGGACAUGGCAACCGGGCAUGAAGCGCAGUUUCAGUAUAGGAUACAGAUCCGACUGCGACAAGUGCCGUGACAAGGUGCCUGGCCACUUUAAUCACAUCAUUAUCUCAUAG